AUGUCUGCCAUGGAAUACGAGACCGAGCCUCGCGGCUACGAAGACGAGCCGCGCAGCUACGAGCGCGAAAGAAGCCGCUCGCCUCUGAAUGAGCGCCGCGGCGACGACGAUGCCAGGGCUCGCAGCGCCUCUCCCGGCGCCCGCGAUCGCAUCGAUGACCGUGGCCCACCGCCUGAGCGUGAACGCGACAACCGUGAGGAGGAGUCUGUCAACCCCGGCUCCAACCUGUUCGUCACCGGCAUCCAUCCGCGUCUCACUGAGGAUGAGGUCACCCGCCUCUUCGACAAGUACGGUGAGGUCGAGAAGUGCAACAUCAUGCGCGACCCGCACACUCGUGAGUCUCGCGGUUUCGGUUUCGUGAAGAUGGUCACGCCCGAGCAGGCCGAUGCCGCGAAGGAGGGUCUGCAGGGCGAGGUCAUCGAGGGCCGCACUCUCAGCAUUGAGAAGGCUCGUCGCGCUCGUCCCAGGACGCCUACGCCGGGCAAGUACUUCGGUCCUCCCAAGCGUGAAGAUUUCCGUGGUGGCCGCGGUGGCCGCUAUGGCGACCGCUACGAUGACAGGCGCGGCUACGGUCGUCGCGACGACUACGGACGUGGCCCUCGCUACGGUGGCGGCGACUCAUACGACCGUGGCUACGGCGGUCGCGACUACGACCGUGGCUACUCGCGCCGUGAUCGCGACUACGGUCCUCCUCGCGGCGUCGAUCGCUACGCUUCUGGCCGAGAUGACCGUUACGGUCCGCGUGGCGGUGAGGAGAGGCGCGGCGGCGGAGGAGGUGGUCGUUACUACGAACGCGAGGAGCGUGGAGGCGCGUCUUACGGCGGCCCUCCGGAGGACUCCUACGGCGCAGGCAGCAGAGCCUACGACGACCGUGAACCGAAGCGCGAGUAA